AUGUGCAACAUGCAUAAUAGAUCAAAAGGAAAAAAAUUACCUUGCUCGAUAAACAACAGUUGUAGAGCACAACACUUGAAGACAAGCCAGUGUCACUCUAUAGCAUCACGUUGCAAGAUGAUUUCACAAUCAAGAAUCCACCAUUACAUCAAACUACUUGUAGCUCUACUAUCCCUAUUCAUCAUUUAUUCCCUAUUCACUCGUCACAACAGCACCACCACUAAUGACAAGUUAACUAGUCCUGUUGACGAAGUGAGUUAUCUCCAAGCAGCACAAGAAAAUAAAAUAGCCAAACUAGCAGGCCAUCGUGAAUACCAGCAAUCCCAACUCGAUACAAGAGAAAUAGAUCAAACUGUUCUUAAACAAAUGGAUAAAAAAGUCAAACAAUGUCCCGAUUACGUCACUUAUUCGCAACAUCGUCAUCCACCUUUCUCCAAGGGUGGGCAAAAGUACCCGUAUAUGAGACCAGCUCCGAAAUGUCGAACAUUCGUGUCUGAUGCAGUUGAAUCGGUGAUUGAUGAGUUGAAACAUAGAAUAGCCGACCCCGAUUUAGCUAGAUUAGUUGAGAAUUGUUUACCCAAUACGUUAGAUACAACUAUACUCUGGCACAAGCUCAAAGACGAUCACAAGGCAAACUAUCUCCGGAAACAAGUAUUUCCUCAAUCAUUCAUUGUUACCGGUGAUAUACAUGCAGAAUGGCUUAGAGAUGCAGCACGUCAAUUAUCAGUCUAUCAACCAUUAAUUAAACAUGAUGAAAAACUCAAACAAUUGAUUCUUGGAGCCAUCAACACCCAAGCGUACUAUGUCAAUAACUCCCCCUAUUGUAACGCAUUUCACCCGCCACCUACAUCACAAGUCAAACCAGGCAAUACGGCAUUUGAUAAUGUGUAUCCAAGGCCAGAUUGGCGACAAGUUUUUGAGUGCAAAUAUGAAAUUGACUCACUUGCUUCAUUUUUGACAUUAACUAAUGAAUAUUUUGAAAAUUCGGGAGGUGAUACCUCGUUCCUUAAUGAUUAUUGGUUCCGAGCAUAUGAAAAGUUACUAAUUGUAUUGAGAAGGGAAAGUGAACCAUCAUUUGAUGAAGCAUCAGGACAAGCUUUACCGUUUUACUAUUCUUUCCAAAGAGAUACGAAUAUUGGAUCCGAAACAUUACCAUUGGGAGGUGUAGGUAACCCUGUCAAUUAUGGCACAGGUUUAAUUCGAAGUGCAUUUAGACCUAGUGAUGAUGCUACAAUUUUACAAUUUUUCGUUCCUGGAAAUAUACACAUGUUGACUGAAUUGAUCAAAAUUAGAAAAAAUUUCUUCAAUGAGAAGGUUUUAGCUGAUUCAAUGAGUGCUGAAGUGGAGGUGUUUAUUAAAAAGACGGAUUAUUUCAUUAAGGCAUUGACUUCGGGAAUUGAAAAAUUUGGUAUUGUCAACCAUCCAACAUACGGCAAAGUCUACGCUUAUGAAGUUGAUGGAUACGGUAGUGCUACAUUUAUGGAUGAUGCAAAUAUUCCUUCACUUUUGUCGAUUCCUGACUUGGGUUACAUUCCUAAAGAUGAUGAAGUAUAUCAAAACACGAGGAAAAUGGUGCUAAGUAAAGAUGGUAAUCCAUAUUACUUGAAAGGUUUCCAUUUUGAAGGUAUUGGAGGACCACAUAUUGGUAUUAAAAACGCAUGGCCAAUGUCAUUAUUGAUGAGGAUUAGGACUACCGAUGAUGAAGAAGAAAUCAUUAACAGCUUACACAUGAUUAUGAAUACGACUGCCGGGUCUGGUCUUAUGCAUGAAAGUGUCAAUGUCAAUUCUAAACAUGGUACUUCAUAUACUAGAUCUUGGUUUGCUUGGUGUAAUUCAGAAUUCGGGAAAACUAUAUUACACUUGGCGGAGAAGAAACCACAUUUGAUAUUCAAAGAUGAAUGGAAAACACAACCUUUCAAAGUAGAUGAUGUAUUUACGAAAUAA